UCAUCUCGAUCGGUUUGGUAUAGCAUUACUGCAUGCUGCAGAAAACGAGACGGCGACGACCCACUCAAACACACAACUUUUAACUCACAAACUCGGCCGCCCUGACAGUGCCGGCGGCCGGGAUCUGUUCUUGGCCGAUCGCCUGGAGGCAUCAUGGCGGAGGAGGCUCCUGUGGUCGUGACCGCAGCCACGGGUGCCCUAGGGCUCGUCGUUGCGAAGCUGAGCACUUUGCUGCGGCGGGACGGUGAGUACAAGCUUCAGCGAGGGACAUGUAACGACAUCAAGCUCAUCAGAUCCAAGCUCGAGUCCGUCCACUCAAUCCUUUGGGUGAUAUGGGAGAGGGAGGAUCUUGAUGCGGCAGGCAAGGAGCUGAGGAUGGAAGCGUGGCGUCUCGCCGACGACAUGAACCACGCCAUCGACGAAUUCAUCCUCAGUUUGAAGCGCAGCAACGAUGACAGGCGCUUCAUCCAGUCAAAGAUCCAGCCAAGUCCUUUCAAGGAUCUCAUGACAAGAGCCGACGAUGUGUCGGAGCGGUGCCGCAAGAAGUGGAGGAAGAUGGAGACUUGCCAACACAGUCCACCAUCUUCUCUGGUACAUCCUGGCAAACGGCCUCGGGUCGUUGAUCCCUAUAUCCGCAAGGACAUCUCAGAGCUCCCCGGAAUGGAAUAUCCAAGGGACACGAUCAUCAAACACCUGGUAGGAGAAGAGGUAGAGAGCUCACCGCAGCUGAAAAUGGCAACCAUCCUUGGAGCUGCCGGGAUGGGCAAAACAACCCUUGCCCGCCUCGUGUAUGAAGCGAUUGAAGAUAAAUUCCAGGCCCGGGCUUUCGUUUCAGUCACUUCAUGUCAUAACGUGACGGAGGUUCUGGUAAGCAUUUACCAGCAAGUACAAGGCCUAGUUCAUAGUACUGUUGUACCACUUGCUGCUGGCACCAAUGCAGCGAUGGUCGAGAAGCAUCUCAUCGACGUCAUCAUAUCGGAUUUCCUGAAGAACAAAAGGUACUUGGUUAUAAUUGACGAUAUGUGGCAUUGUGGGGAAUGGGAAACCAUCAAGAAGUCUCUUCCAGAAAAUAAUUUGGGCAGUAGAAUUGUCACCACAACUCGUUAUAAUGCUAUAACCAACAAGUGGCGUGAUGAUUUUGAUGUCUUGGUCCACAAAAUUGAUUAUAAUGGUCAUUUUUUGGAUGAAUCAACGUUAGCUUGGGAAAUGAUUGAAAUGAGUGCUGACAUGGAUGGAGAAAAUAUUGACUAUGACCACCCUAUUGCGGUCAUGUGUGUUGGUAUGCCGUUAGCAGUGGUUUGUAUGAUUUCGGCAUUGGCAAAGGAGAGAGCACGUCAAGAACAACAAGGGCUGUGUGUAGUAAGGACAUGUGAUGUGCAAGACGGCAUUGAGCAGCAAGUUAAGCAAAAUGGGAUUCAGAACACUCCAGGGUUUGAACUAUUGGUAGAGAGUUUGGAGCUUGGUUACAACCAUCUUCCUCAUCAUAUGUUGAAGACUUGCUUGUUGUACUGCAGCAUAUACCCUGAGGAUCACGGUCUUAGAAGAGCAGACUUGGUCAGGCGAUGGAUCGCUGAAGGUUUCGUUUGUACGGCAGAGGCAGCAAAAGAUUACUUUGACGAGCUUGUCAGCAGGAGAUUGAUUAUAGAUGGCUCCCUGCACCCCAUGAUGCGAAAUUACCUUAGACGGAAGUUACGAGAAGACAAUUUCAUCACUUGCACUUCUGAUGGCGUUCCAUCCUCUCCAGUUGGCCGCCUAUGUAUGGACUGUUGGCCAAGCAGUGAUGCAGUGGAUCCUUUGUCAGGAAUUGAUUGGCAUCAUAUCCGGUCCCUUGUCGUUUUUAAAGAUGCCGAGAGGGUACCCUACAAGCAUUUGCAACACCUGCGAGUGUUGGAUGUUCAAUACAACCGUGUUCUUGAGCAGCAACAUGAUCUGAAGGAUAUGUGUGGGCUGCUCUGUCUCAGGCACCUGUUUGUGUCAGGCGGCCAGUUGGGGAUAAACGAGAUGCCAGCAGAGAUAGCGAGGCUGCAGUAUUUGGAGACACUAGAGGUGAGCAAAACAGGGAUCAGACGAUUACCUGCUGAGGUGGGUGACCUCAAGCAAUUGAAGUCUCUGGACGUGAGUUGGAACGAAGAGCUCGCGGAGCUGCCUAGGGAGAUGAGGAAACUGCAGCAUCUGGAUCUUUACGUGUGUCGUAACUCACGGAUCACAGAGCUGCCCAAGGAGAUUGGGAAACUGCAGCAUUUGGAGACGCUGGACGUUAGCCAAACAGGGAUCACGGAGCUGCCCAAGGAGAUUGGGAACCUACAGCAUCUGAAGACGCUGGACCUGAGUUAUACAGGGAUCACAGAGCUGCCUAGUGAGAUCGGGAAUCUCCAGCAUUUGCAAGCUCUAUAUUUGAAUGAUGUUAAAACAAUCACAAAGCUGCCUCGAGAUAUCGGGAGGCUGCAGCAUUUAGAGAGACUGCAUUUGCGGAACACGAAUGUAAGGAAGAUACCGAGGGAAAUUGGGGGACUGAAAAAACUGAAGGAUCUAGAUGAGAAAAUCGGCACACUACCCUUUGAAGCUGGCCAGCUACCAAAACUGGAGGGAUUGCCCAAGUGCGUCCAAAAAGCAUGGAAGAAUACUGACCUGGUGUCAUCGCUGGCAGGGGAGUUCCUGUCAUUUGAAAAAACAGAUAGGAUUGGUGAUGGUGGAUUAAUCGUCGGCACUAAGCACAUGCACAUUCCGCAGUGGAUCAGAGAGCACUUCAACAAUGUUGGUACUUUGGAUAUCAGGAUCUGCAAACUAGAGGAGCAGGACCUCAAGAUUCUGCGGGAGAUGCCUAACCUUCACGAGCUCAAGCUAAGGUUCGAAGCUGUCCCUAGGAAGCCGAUAGACAUUAGCAGUGGAGGGUUCGCACGGCUCGUGGGCCUCACUGUUGAUAGCCGAGUGCCACGGAUCACCUUCCACGAAGGAGCUAUGCCGAGGCUGUUUUGGCUUACGUUCGAGUUCCAGUUCUACGGUGGUCUACCACCAAAUCCUAUGGGUAUCAAGAACCUCGUGUAUCUCAAACGGGUCAGAUUCCGAUGCAACAACCAAUGGUAUCCAGGAGACAGCCCGUGCAUCAGCGCCACGAUCGAAUUCGUGAGAAAAGAAGCCCGGGAGCAUCGCAACAAAACGAUUGAAUUAACUCUAUCAGUGGGGGACCUGGAAAGACGAUUACCUACUGAGGUGGGUGACCUCAAGCAAUUGAGGACUCUGGACGUGAGUUGGAACGAAGAGCUCGUAGAGCUGCCUAGGGAGAUGUGGAAACUGCAGAAUCUAUUAGAGAGAGUGUGCAUCAGCGGAUCACGCAUCAGAAAGCAAGCCUGGGAGAUCAUCGGGACACUGAAGAAACUGAAGAAUCUGCACAUUACAGAGCUGCCCAAGGAGAUUGGGAAACUGCAGCAUUUGGAGACGCUGGACGUUGGCCAAACAGGGAUCACGGAGCUGCCCAAGGAGAUUGGGAACCUACAACAUCUGAAGAGGCUGGACCUGAGUUAUACAGGGAUCACAGAGCUGCCUAGUGAGAUCGGGAAUCUCCAGCAUUUGCAAGCUCUAUAUUUGAAUGAUGUUAAAACAAUCACAAAGCUACCUCAGGAUAUGGCGAGGCUGCAGCAUUUGGAGAGACUGCAUUUGCGUGACAUGAAUGUAAGGAAGAUACCAAGGGAAAUCGGAGAACUGAAGAAACUGAAGGAUCUAGAUGCUGAGAUUGGCACACUACCCUUUGUAGCUGGCCAGCUAUCAAAACUGGAGGAAUUGCUCAAGUGA